AGCCCGGUGGCCACUUCGCGCACAUCCGAACGUUCUGAAGGUUCCCCCGCCCACCAAAAAUGUAACUUGUCACCUUCCUUGCUUCGCUUAGCGAUCUUUCAGCUGCAAUUGCGUUGAACCGUAUAUAGAUGUUCAUCAAAUUAUUGGCGUUGCAGGAAUGUCUAGAACAGAGUAGAUGCAGAGAGUUGGCUAAGUCGUCGUCGUCAUCGUCGUUUUAUCGCUCAGUAUAUUCGGAGAUAGAAGAGGUCGGAUGGGAAAAUCUGGUGAGAAUGAGUGGAGAUAUUACGUUUCUGAGCUUCCGUGUUCUAGAUAAGAGAGGAAGACUGCAUGUUUUGGAGAUUCAACUGGAUAGAAACUAUCCCAAUUGCCCACCUUCAGUUGCAGCGGAUAUACCGUGCAUGUUUAACUUAAAAUGGUCAAUAAACUCGAGACUGAAGAAUUUGAUACACCAAUUCCAAGAGCAUCUGGAGAUGCUUCAAGAGUUUUGGUCUACAUUGGAUGAAAUUGACAAAUCUCUAUGGGUUGCUGGUAACAAACAGCCUUCUCGGGCUUUACCCUGCCGUCAAAUUCAUAUAGGAAGUGAUAGCUUCAUUAUGCUUUCUAUAGAUGUUGAUGAUCCUAAAGCUUUACCAGAGUGUCGCUUUUUGGGUCCAGAUGAAUUCGUAAACUCCUUGAGAAAGAUAUGGAAACAAAAUGCCAAAAGAUGGUCGAAAGACAGAUCAGUUAUAGAAAAUCUUAGAAGUCUGUUGGAGAUAGAACUGCCAAAGCCCCCAGCUGUUGUUGAGAGUGAGCAUCAAGCUGAAUGCGGAAUUUGCUAUGCUCAGUUUCUUCCUCUUGAUGACGGGCUUGGAAAUAAGAGCAGUGAAACUGACUAUACAUGUGAAAAUACCAGUUGCAGCAGGGCCUUCCAUAGUCUCUGUCUUGCAGAAUGGCUGCGUUCAAUAACGACAACAAGGCAGUCAUUCAAUGUUCUGUUUGGGAAUUGUCCGUACUGUUCAGAACCAGUUGCUGUUAAAGUUAACAGUGCAAACAAGUAAAUCUAGCAUGCUGAUUUCUAUCCCCAUCAGAAGGCAAGUGACAAGUGAAUUCCUUAAGUAGAAGUAUUAAUACUCUGUUUAAGGUCUUGAAUUUUCGAUUGGACGAGGACCGAAUCUUUCUUUCUCCCAUUGAUGGUUGUUGUAGAAAUAAUGUUACAGUGAUCUAGAAUUCAUGAUAUUAACUGUGAACACUAAUGUUUUUGCAGUUGUGUACUAAAGAAUUAACAGUUCUAAAAAAUUAUUAUGUAAUGAGUAUUGUAUAACUUAAGUUUACCGUGACACUACAUUUUCAUUAAGGAAAGAAAAAGAACCUUCUUU